CCACGCUCUCCCAAGCUCUCCCCAGCUCUUCCUCUGACUCUCUGCACCGCACCAAGAUGGCCCAGCCGACACCCGACGACGACUAUGACGAUCUGGACGAGUACAUUGAUGGAUUCUCCAAGCCGGCUCCUUCCGACAACACGCAGCCUCUCGCUGACGUCGACCCGCCCGAGCUUGACGAUGACGAGUUCUCGAAGCUGCUGGCCGCCGGCAUGGAGUCUCUGCUGCUCAACCAAGAUCCCUCGGCAGAUCCCAAAUCAGACUCAGAAAAGGAAAAGGAGCGGGAAAUGCUGAUGGAGUCCAUGAAGUCAUUCCUGGAGGGCCUCCAGGGCACCUCGGAGCAGACUCCUGACGAGCCACAUCGGUCAGCUGCGCCGGUAUCGGCCAAACCGAAAGGCUUCCAUGAAGCAAUCGAUGCGACGCUCAACAAGAUGGAGGACAGCUCCGAGCAAGUCAAGGAGAGUCUCCGACAACAGGACGCAGGGCUGGACAGCGAGUCCAUGGAAGCGCUAAUGAAAGAAUUCGAGCAGUUUAUGAGCGGCUCGGGCGACAUGGACGAGAUCUUCUCCUCCGUCAUGACCGAGCUCAUCACCAAGGACUUGCUCUAUGAGCCCAUGAGAGAUAUAUCGCACAAGUACCCUCAAUGGCUGAGCGAAAACGCAAGCACGAUCUCGGAGGAAGACAAGACUCGAUACAUGAAACAGAACGCCAUCGUGGACGAGAUUGUGACCAUCUUUGACUCUUCCGAGGCCGAGAUCACUGCCGAACAGAAACAAAAGAUUGUCGAGCUGCUGCAGCAGAUGCAGGAAUGCGGCAGUCCUCCUGAAGGCAUUCUGCAAGAUCUCGCUCCUGGAUCUGCUGGCGGCUUUCCUGGCGCCCUUCCUGGCGGUCUCGCUGGAGCACCCGACUGUCAUGUUCAAUAAAUCGGUCUGUUAUUUACCCCCA